AUGAAGUCAGAUAUUAUUACUUAACAAUUACAAGCUGAAUAAAUUACUAUUUAAGAAGCGCUCCAUAAAGUAGGUCACUAAGGCAAGUACCAAAAAAUGGCCUAUGCUUUCUUUUGUUUUUAGUGGAUUUUAGGAGGAUGUCUUCUUAUGUCUCCAAUUUUUAUCUUUGAGAAGCCAUAGUUUUAGUGCUAAUAAAAUCCAUAAUUCACAAUUGAAUAAUGUGAGAAAUGGGUUUGCCAAUAAGAAAAUCCUUUAUAAUAUCAAGUAAAAAAGCUUAGCUCGUUUGUUGUCGAGUUCGACCCUCCACUUAUAUGCUCUCGAUAAUGGAUAGCUGAUACAGUUGCUGCCUUAAAUUAUGGAGGAAGCAUAAUUGGAUUUCUAAUUAGUAUUUACAUAUCAGAUAACAAAGGAAGGAAAAUAGCUUCUAUUAUUUUCUGGUUUAUUGGAGCUCUUGGCUGUGCAUUUAUUGGGAUAUUUAACUACAAUAUUUGGCUAUCAGCAUUAGGAUUUUCUUUAGCAAAUGCUGGUGUUAAUCCUACAAUCACAAUACACUUUUGCUUCAUAAACGAGCAUUCAGAUGGCAACUUCAGAGAAUAUACUUCAGCUUCACUUAAUAUAUUCUAUUCAAUAGGAAGCUUUUAUCUUGUCGUAGCCUAUGUUCUCUCCACAAACUGGGUUUAAAUAAUUGUUUAUUGGAUAGGAAUUCCAAUGUUUGUUUCCCUCAUUUACUAUUAUUUUAUUUAUGAACCUCCUCUGUUUUUAUAUGAAAAAAAUAAAAUGAAAGCCAUAGAGUCCUUGAAUAAAAUAGCUAAAUUUAAUAAAAGGCCAGAAGUUUAAGCUGAUAGUUUAAAAGAGAGAGAAAUAGAAUAAAAUUAAAAUCAAAGAAUUUAUGGCGUUUUUGACUUAGUAAAAUUCAAAUCUAUGAGAUUAACAACAAUUUGCACUGGGAUUGUAUUUUUCAUAACUUAGAUUUCUUAUUAUGGAACUAAUUUUACUUUGUCUUAAAUUGGUCUUGAUACGAAAUAUAAUACAUUAGCAAUAGCCUUUUCUGAGCUAUUAGCAUUUAGUUUAGUAGUUAUUGCUAUUCCUAAAUUAAAGAGAAGAAAAUGGUCUUUUAUAUUAACAGCUAUUUAUAGUUUAAUAUAUAUAAUAUUCUUUUUUAUCAAAAAACCUGAUAAUUGUACAGAAUAUUGCAAAGAGAAUAUUUUACAAAUUGCUUUAAUUUCUUUAUCAAGGUGCUUACUGUCUUUUUAGUUUUCUUUAUGCUAUGUCUAUUUCAGUGAAAUUUAUCCUACCACUAUUAGAUCUCUUGGCUUAGGAUUUAUUUCUACUAUUGGAUAAAUUGGCAGUGCUGUAUCUGCUUACAUUGUAACUUAUUUUAAUAAUUAAAAUAUUUCUCCCAUCGGAAUCAUGGGAAUAUGCAGUUUUAUUAGUAUUAUUGCCUAUUUGCCAUUAAGAGAGACAUAUUCACAGCCUCUCAAAAAUGAAAUAGACGAAAUUUAGUCAGAGACUAGCUUAAAUUUUGGUAAAUAACUAACUAAUUUUCAAUCAUAAAUUACAAAUCAUGAUUUAUGA